AUGAGGCCACCGACGCACUUUGGUAAUGACAUUACCAACACCGAGGCGAACGGCGCUGAGGAGCAGAACAACCAGACUAACAGCAAUGGCGGAAGUGGUGGAAACAAUGGCAACGGUGGCAACAACAACAAUAACAAUAACAACAACAACAACAACGGUCGGAGCAACACUGAUUUCAUCGUCGAACGGCUGACGCAGAACGGUGCCACGCGGCCUCUUCCGAAGAACGCCGGAAGUGGGAUCAUCCGCGUGGUCGAGCGUUGCGACGAUGCGAAGGAGAACAGUAAUCUAGACCUCUCCGAAUGUGAGCUCAUCCAGGUUCCGGAUGCAGUCUACCAUCUGAUGAGAAACACGGAACUGAAAACGUGCGAUCUAAGUGGCAACGUGAUAACGAAGAUUUCACCCAAAUUCGCCGUUAAGUUCAGUUUUAUCACAGAACUAAAUCUGUCCCACAACCAAAUGGCCAGACUGCCGGACGAGCUGGCCGACUUGCACUCGCUGGAAGUGUUGGACAUUUCGCACAACUCCUUCAUCAGCCUGCCGAACGUGGUGUUCAAAAUGCCUAAGCUGCGCGAGCUGCGAGCGAACAACAAUGCCAUCAUCGACAUCGAUCGGGACGAAAUCAUCACGUCCGAGUCGUUGGAGUUGGUCGAUUUGCGGCACAAUCCCCUGACGCCCUUCUGCCACGAUCUGCUGAAGCAUGCCAACGUGUCGUUCCGGAUCGAGCUGUCGGACCGGGUGAAGGAAGACUGGGAAGAUUUGACUAUUUGAGGGAAUUGUUCCGCUCGAACUGCCGUCCCCAAAGUGCUUGUCCUGCCUUCGAACUAGCUUUAGCCGCACUAUUAGAUGCAUUGUGUACGUAUGAUAUUGUUACUCGCUGGUAUCUUCUGCUCUAAAAAUAACAUAAACCCUCCACACAAAGCUUGUGGAUUGUACUAACAAACCGACACUUGGAAAAGGCAUUAAUCCUAUGUUUAGAAGGAUCUCCCAGCGUACUUAUGCUAAGAUGUCGAUGGUAUUACACCGGACAGAACAGUUUAACCAGCACCGUUAUUAAACGGAACCCUUUUUCCUGUAUAAAACUAACCAGAUCUAGCCAUGAAGUGGAUAGUUCAAGUGUAUGUAUUGUACUUAUGUAUUAUAUUGCAUAUUUGAAUGUACUUGUAGUCAGUAAGCUCUACCUUUGCGGUCCGUGUACCUGCCCGAUCAUUUUAGUUUUCUGAUGGGGAUCUUCUCGUAACGUGGUGUUUAAUUAAAAUUGGAUAGAUUUCACCUUAAAAGAUGUGUGUGGAUGUGUCGAAGACGCGUGCUUUACGAUCAAGAUAACACGUGGGAUAGGAUGUUGAUCUAGUCAUCAGAAGAAAUGUAUGUAUUAACUGAAAAAUGUUGAUCUGAGUAGGCAUUGUCUGUAUGGCUGUGCAAAAUGAACCGAUUAGAUGAUUGCUUCGUAAAAAUAAGCAGCAAGAUUAAAAAGAUUCGAUCAAGAGCAUCCCGCCCUGACUCAGUUUAGAGAACGUGCCUUAUGAUCAAAAGAGGACUGCUUUAUGACAUACCACACAACAAAACUACCCCGCGUUCGAGAGGAGAUCCUCUAGUCAGAAAAGGAAAUGGGGCGAUAAACGGCAGCGAUUCGUGUGAGAUAGGACAUAAUUUAUGACCAUGAUCAUAAACGAGUGAUAUUAAGUAAGCGGAAGUGUUAUGUUUAAAAAGCUGUUAAAAAAAUCAUUUAGGGAAAAAGUUGCAAUAAUUCAAAGAUGGUUUCUUUCAUAAACCGCGAUGAAAAAAUUACAAUUGGAAAGAGGCCUUGCGAUCACGAUUCAAAAUAUCAUCAACAUGUCUUCAUGUAGAAUAUUGCAUAUUUGAAUAUGAGAUUGUAGCCAAAUCUAUUAUUUGUAAAGACAAUUAAAAAAAAAACAAAAACCGCUAACAAUCGAGCAGAAA